AUGUACUGGGAAUGGAUACCGUCUUGUCCGGAAGAAUGGCUUUGUAUUGAGAAAGGAUUUGCAAGGAAGUUUCCUCGAGCAAUAGGAUCAAUAGAUGGCAAACAUAUUGUUCUCGACUGUCCGUUCAAUUCUGGCUCUGAAUACUAUAAUUAUAAAAGAACCUACAGUAUAGUAUUAUUGGCAUUAGUUGAUAGUCAGUACAACUUCAUAUUUGCUGACAUUGGCUGCCAAGGCAUAAUAAGUGACGGUGGAGUUUUCACCAAUACUUUGUUAUGGAACAAGAUAUGCAUGAAUAGCUUAAAUUUACCACCGCCACAUCCUUUGCCCGGUUCAAAUAUUGAUGUUCCCUACAUUUUUUUGGGAGAUGGAGCCUUUGCACUUUCAGAACACUUAAUGAAGCCGUAUCCUGGUCAGCACAACAUAGGAUCAGAAAAACGUGAAUUUAACAAGAGAUUAUCUUCAGCUCGAGUGGUGGUGGAAAAUACUUUUGUGCCUCUAAAGGUGCCUUUUUUUAAGUCUGUUAUCAUUAUUGUCAACAAUUUCAUCAUCUGGGAAGUGGAUAUUAGCAAGAAGAAGUUCAAACCUGAUUCGUGA